AAAGAAAGCAAAAAAAAUUGAAAAACGGCAGGAAAACCCACAUUCGUCAUUUUUCUGCUUACUGCAGACGGCAAUUUUUUCGCUAUUAUAUUUAUUUCUUAAUUAAUAGCCGGCGAUAGCUCAAAAUUUAAUAUUUGCAUGAAACAAUUUUAUAGUGAGCAAUUACUGUUCGUAGAUUGCGUGCAAACGAAGGAAAAAAUAUAAUCCGGGAACGUUAAAUAAGAAGCCAAGCGUUAAAAUAUGUCUAAAAUGGAGUUACGUACACGUUCUAAAUCAAGCCUUGCACGGGGUUGUUUAAACGCUUUCUCAAUAUAUUUGGUUAUAUUUUCAACAUUUACUGCGUUCACCGCUUUAAUGGCACAUGUUGAUGAAUUGGAUUUGGACGAAGAUUUAGUAACACAGACAAAUCCUUUGGUAGAGUUGAAUGAAGAUAAUUGGCAGUUAAUGCUACGCGGCGAAUGGAUGGUAGAAUUCUUUGCUCCGUGGUGCCCAGCCUGUAAAAAUCUCGCACCAACAUGGGAACGUUAUGCCAAAACUGCAAAGGAGUUGCGUGUAAGUGUGGCCAAAAUCGACGUUACCACAUCACCUUCCUUAAGUGGGCGUUUCUUUGUUACCGCUCUACCAACCAUUUAUCACGUUAAAGAAGGCGAAUUUCGUCAAUAUCGUGGUUCACGUGAUGGCGACGCUUUAAUGCUGUUCCUGAAACAAAAACAAUGGCAGAAAAUCGAACCAAUUUCAGCAUGGAAGAAACCUGACACCAUACACAUGUCUAUACUAUCGUAUUUCUUUAAAUUAUCACACACUUUGAAGGAUUUCAAUGUACGUCUCCAGGAGGAAUACGGUCUGCCAACUUGGGGUUCAUAUGCGCUCUUCGCCAUUGGUACGAUAUUUGUUGGCGCCGCUUUGGGUUUGUUGCUCGUUUGUGUUGUCGACUUUUUGUAUCCACCAAAGAAAUCGCAACGUCAAAGCUUCUCCGAAUUCAAAGAAAAGUCUGCUGGUACAGAUGGCAUUGAAGAUUUAGCUGCAGAUGAAAUUGAGGACGAAAACGAUUUGGCCGAUGAGCAGGAUGAUGAUGAUGAGGAGGAUGACGAUGAUGAUAACAAUGAUGAACAGGAUGAUGAAAAUGGCGCUGAUGUGGAGGAAGAUGAUGCGGCUGGUACUUCGGAAGGUGAGAAAAAUUCAAAUGCGAGUGAAUCAGAGGAACCAGAAAGUGAGAAGGAUAUCAAGAAAUCGGCUGGCGAUGGUAAUACACAGAAACAGUCACUGAUUGAGAAGGAGAAAAAGAAUACGAGCAGCACUAGUCCGGCUGAGGUGCGUAAACGCAAACCACGAAAAGACGAUUAAGACUUGCAGAUUUGCACAGUUGAAAACUUAAAAAACAAAAAUUAACAAGAAAAAAACAAUAAUACAUUUUUAAAUAUACAAAUAUUCACAUAAAAUUUAUUUAACGUUCAGAGUUUGCACUCUGCCACUUAUAUUGCGCAAUUUGCACGCCUCCAUUUUGGCUAUAAUAUUCUUUUGUAUUUAAUUUAGUUAUUCAAUUUGUGUAUUGUGCUGAAUUGAAAGAAAAAUCGUGCAAUGAAUGAAAUAGCUGAACUUACAAGAUACAAUUUAUAACAUUGAAAGUAACUAUUUUAUUAAUCAAAAAAGCAAAAACAAAAUAGUACGAAAUAACUGCUCAGCAUACACUGAUUAUGCCCAUACAAAACUAUAACUGUAUAUCACAUUGGUGUAUUAUUGCAUUGAGGUUUAAUUAACAAACUUAUAUAAAUUACAUUUAUUGCUAAUACAACAACGCACAACUGUUAAUUGCAAACUUCACAAACAUAAAUAUUAUUGACUUUUUAAUUAAAUUAACUUAAAACACAUUUGCCGCUUUUAGUUUUUUCUUUUUUUUUUUUUGUUACCGUCGCAGCCAACAAAUUGUGCGUAAAUAUGAAAUACAAAUUUGCCUUAUUUAAAUGGAAAGCGCAUGCGCGUACUACGAUAAUUGCGCAAAUGAAAAUUUUGAAAAUAUUGAAUUUCUUAAUUUUUAUACUAGUUUAUGCGUAGUCGCGCUAGUGUAUUGAAACAAAGAAAUAUGAACAUGAAGCAGUUGCAGCAAAUAUAUACAUGCAUAAUAAUCACAAUUAAAGGAUUAUAUAAAAUCGUGUACAAAUUGUACACUACUAAUUAAAUAAAAAAAAAUAAUCAUAUGAAAUAUAUUCUAAA